CUCCCCAUCAAAUCCCAUUACCCCCAAGCACUCCAUCACAAUGGCCGCCCGCAACUGCACCAAGGCUCUCCGCCCCCUGGCCCGCCAAUUGGCCACUCCCGCCGUCCAGCGCCGCACCUUCGUGGCUGCUGCCAGCGCUGUCCGCGCCUCCGUUGCCGUCAAGGCCGUUGCCGCUCCCGCCCGCCAGCAGGUCCGCGGUGUCAAGACCAUGGACUUCGCCGGCCACAAGGAGGAGGUUCACGAGCGCGCUGACUGGCCCGCUGAGAAGCUCCUUGACUACUUCAAGAACGACACCCUCGCUCUCAUCGGCUACGGCUCUCAGGGUCACGGCCAGGGUCUUAACCUCCGUGACAACGGCCUCAACGUCAUCGUCGGUGUCCGCAAGAACGGCAAGUCCUGGGAGGACGCCAUCCAGGAUGGCUGGGUUCCCGGCAAGAACCUCUUCGAUGUCGAUGAGGCCAUCUCCCGCGGCACCAUCGUCAUGAACCUCCUUUCCGAUGCCGCUCAGUCCGAGACCUGGCCCCACAUCAAGCCCCAGAUCACCAAGGGCAAGACCCUCUACUUCUCCCACGGUUUCUCCCCCGUCUUCAAGGAUCUCACCAAGGUCGAGGUCCCCACCGACGUUGACGUCAUCCUCGUCGCCCCCAAGGGCUCCGGCCGUACCGUCCGCUCCCUCUUCCGUGAGGGCCGUGGCAUCAACUCCUCUUUCGCUGUCUACCAGGACGUUACCGGCAAGGCUAAGGAGAAGGCCGUCGCUCUCGGUGUCGCCGUCGGCUCCGGCUACCUCUACGAGACCACCUUCGAGAAGGAGGUCUACUCUGACCUCUACGGUGAGCGUGGCUGCCUGAUGGGUGGUAUCCACGGCAUGUUCCUCGCCCAGUACGAGGUCCUCCGCGAGCGCGGCCACUCCCCCAGCGAGGCUUUCAACGAGACCGUUGAGGAGGCUACCCAGUCCCUCUACCCCCUCAUUGGUGCCCACGGCAUGGACUGGAUGUUCGACGCCUGCUCCACCACCGCCCGCCGUGGUGCUAUCGACUGGACUCCCAAGUUCAAGGACGCCCUUAAGCCCGUCUUCAACAACCUCUACGACUCCGUCAAGAACGGUGACGAGACCAAGCGCUCUCUCGAGUACAACUCUCAGCCCGAUUACCGUGAGCGUUACGAGGCUGAGCUCGACGAGAUCCGCAACCUCGAGAUCUGGCGCGCCGGCAAGGCCGUUCGCUCCCUCCGUCCCGAGAACCAGAAGUAAACAAUUGGCUUUUGAUGCUUUUUGGUUGGGUCGUGAUUUCUGCUUGCACGAGGGAUACACAAAUGAUACUCCGGUAGUUGGGCAGGUUUGAAAAAUAACAGAUGCACACAACACGCUGCACAGGCCGCAUCAUAUGACUGGCCGGCCGCUGGAACGGGACGGGAUACCUCUGGGAAAUAUGGGGGAUAUUAAAAAGCCUUUUCUCCGACGUCUCUUCGAUUUGGUUUGUUCUGGGUUCGGUUUGUUCGGAUUGUAUAUAAUUAUCUUUAUGGGGGGCCUCUGCCCGGUGGCAUGUCGGUCAAUGAACUUUUCUUUUUCUUUCUCUGUUCAAUGGCUUGGUCUAUGCAUUAGUGAUCUGAUUCUUAGACAGCAGACGAGCUGACAUUGACUUCAACUUCUAGUUCCUCUUUAUAUACGCUCCUCUCCUUUCCCGGUCUAUUCCUCACCAAACAACCUCCCCAACGCCGCCAACUCAACAUUCCCCCCGCUAAACACCACCCCCAAAUCCC